AUGGAUUGCAAAGGGGAAAGUAAAGUGGAAGACAAUGAGCUCCCUUUGCUCGUUCCCGACCCUGACAGACCUCAUUUGGCAUGGGCCAGAUACAUCAAACAACAACACUAUCACCUCCAGCGCGCGUUUUCCUCCUCCCUGAAGCACAAUUGCCGAUCAGGCACUUCGGAAAGUUCACACGGAGACGACGUGUACCACAAGCCCAAUAGCCAAGCUAGCGAUAAUGAUCUAAAGUGUUGGCAGAGCCUUAUCAACUCCCAAGGAGAAGCAGAAAGGUUGCAGGAAUACGCACGGGCCAUGCACUAUCUCGCGACCAAGUAUUGGGAGGCUCCCUCACCGAAGCCAAUAAAUUCAAAUAGCUUAGGAGAGUGUGAGAAGAAAGAUCAAGAAUGCAGCUCUCCUACGACUACUGCUAGCAGAGCACCAUUAGCUGAAACAGUAGCGGAAUCCACAGAUGCAAUUCCGAGCCGGAAGCGCUCGCGAGAUUCUAGCACGGCUUCGACAAAUGUUGUAGACGAAAGGGUCGAUCGAAACCUCUUGGAAGCCAUUCGGCAGCGCCGGUAUGAUGACCGGAUCCAAUGCUCGUUGGACUGUGUUGAGGCGUUCUAUCUUGGACGUGCGUCCACGGGUGGGGUGGGGAGAGGGCCCCAAUUGCUUUUUGAUGAGCUGCCCUUGCUAUUCUCACGUGCUCUAAAGCCUUGGCGGCGUGAUUUCUUUUGCAAAAAUGCGCGAAUGGCCACCAAGACCGAAAUUGAGGAUCGAAUACUCCAGUUGUCUUGCGAGACUGACAACGUGAGGCCUACAACAGGCGAACCGACGUACGCGAAGCAUUCUUUUACACCUCGAACAGCUUGGGAUCAAUCAAUGCGGUACGUCCGCCUCAUGCAGAGGGCUCGUGAUGUGGGGAAUGCGAAGAGGGCAUCCGAAGCAGACGACUCCGUUUCUAGCGUUCCCGCCCUGCACGCCAUCGAUGUUGGCAGUUGCUACGGCCCGUUUUUCGGGAAGUCGUUUUCGCACCAUGUCCUGGGCUCCGUCUCCCUACACGUUUUUGCCUUGGACCUCUGCCCGUACGCACACCCGAGCCUGGAUCGCCCUCUCGAGGGCUGCGCGCAGCUGUCUGGAAGGGUCUGGAAGGGCGACUGGCUGAGCGUGGCGUUUUUCAAAUGGCCACUCCACAGGCCUGCGAGCUGCACCGUUGAUGACGGCUGCAAUGCGCCCCACUUGCGAUACCGGGAUCCCCCCACCGAGGGCUCAGGGGGUGUGGGGGAGGUCCAGGCGAUCGCCCUUGAGUCGUUCGACGUGGUUUUUUUUUGCUUGUUUUUGUCAUACCUGCCCUCGGCCCGCCUACGCUACCGGGCCUGUGUGAACGCCUAUCUGAGUCUGAAGGAGGGGGGGUUGCUAGUUAUCGUCAGCACGCGCACCCAGGGCUCCCGUCGCAGGAAAUGGGUCGAGGAGUGGGUGGUGGCAAUAUCCUCCGUUGGGUUUGCCCGCGUCCAUCAAAUGAUUCGAGAGAAGAUCGUGGUACUUUGCUUUGAAAAGCAAAGCCGUCCGGAGAUGCGGAGGCAGCUCGAUGAUGUGGACACGCUUGAGCAGGACGGUGAGGUGACAGCGGCCGUGGAUGCCCUGCUGGAGCAGCUCAAUCGCUCCCCGUUUGCCUCGGAUGGGCUUCACGUUAUGGCGGAUGAGGACAUUUGA